GCUCAUUUUAACUGGACUUGUUUAUUGCAGAUUUAGGAUUUGGAAAAGGAAAACUUCUAUAAUUCUCAACGCCUUUCCAGGCAGCCGGAGGGAAACUUGGAGUCCUCAGUACGUUGCGUGGAAUGUUGCGUUUGUGCAAUCAUGGGAAGAAGCUACAUUGUGGAUGAAGCUGUUGGACCGUAUCUGUCAGAGCUUGCUUCUUGCAAGUCUAAAGCUUUUGUCACUGGCCUCUUGAUAGGACAGUGCUCCCAGCAAAAAGAUUAUGUCUUGAUAGCUGUUCGGACACCUCCAAAAGAGGAGAAAAGUGAAAGCAAUACAAGUUACCAUUCAGAUUUGUCUCAUAUUGAUGAGGAAUGGAUAACAGCACAUGCUACUCAGGUAUCAAGAAUGCUUCCUGGAGGACUGCUAGUUCUAGGUGUUUUUGUCAUUGCAGUUCCAGAACUUGCAAAAGAAAUCCAGAAUACUUUACGGAAGCUUGUUUUUUCUGUAGAAAAGUCACUAGCUAAAAAGAGGCUGUGGAACAUUUCAGAGGAAGAUGUGUCAGACCGUGUGACUCUUCAUCUUUGUUCUACCACAAAGAAAAUACUUUGUCGCACUUACAAUAUGCAAGAUCCAAAGAGUCCAGCCAAGCCAGCAGACUGGAAAUAUCAGAAUGGCCUCUCUUCCUCGUGGCUGUCUUUAGAUUGCACCAUCAAUGCCAAUAUACACAUCCCGCUACCGGUCACCUUGGCCAACCAUGACCUAGAGAAAAAUACAAGGGUUGGAUUAGUACGAUGGGCAAAACAGAUCGAGGAAGCAGUCUUUUUGAUCAAUGGUCAAGUCAAAGAGGAAGACACUGACUUACUAGAAGGGCAGAAAAAGUUUGCAAGAGGAAACAUGUCAUCAUCUAGUCAGAGUCUUGACGUCAGGGUUUUAAUGCAAUUGUCACGAAAUUCAAGUUCCAGGUCCACAGCAACAGUCCAAGUCUGCAGUGGUUCCAUAAAUCUUAAAGGUGCUUUAAAAUGCAAAGCUUACAUCCAUAAUAACAAGCCCAAAGUUAAAGAUGCUGUUAAGGCCUUGAAGAGAGACAUAAUAAACACUCUGUCAGAUCGUUGUGAAAUACUGUUUGAAGAUCUGAUUAUCAAUGAAACGCUAGGAGAGAAAAAUUCUGAGAGAGAGUAUCACACCUUGCCUUGCAGAGUGUUUGCCCCCAUUGCUGGGUCCACUGUGUUGUUUUGUGAUUAUAAGUUUGGUGACGAGUCAGCUGAGGAAAUCCAAGAUCGCUUUCUUGAAAUGCUGGAUCAAGCUGUCCAAGCAGAGGAUUUACAUGCAGCUGAGGAAAUGCAUAUAGUUGAAGUAAGCCCCCCAAAAGAGCUCCAAGAUAACGUGCAGCAGAAACGGUUGACAAAAGAAAUGCUGCUGUUAAAACUUCACCAGAACAUAGGAAUGGUGGUCGCCGUGGCUGUUGCAGUAUCCGCAGCUGCUUUCUCUUUUAACUACUUCAGCGAUUAGACUUCAAAUAUUUAAGAACCAUCCUAAAAUCUCCUGCCACCACAGACCUACCCAGUCCUGAAGAGAUGCACACUUAUAGAAACGAAUGCAUUAAUCACCUAAUGUGUCACCUGAAAAUACAAAUUAGCUGUUCUUACUAAUGAUAGCGUCAGCUGUCCUUUUCCUGCAUGCAAAUUAUCUAGGUGGCGUGGUUUUCAAAAGGGAGAAGAAGAAGAGGACCGCCGACUGUUAGAAAAUACCUAUAAUAUAGCAUUACUUUUACAGGAAGAAUUUGUCAAAUGCCUACUUACCUUUCUUCCUUACCAAAUAAAAGGACCAUUGUUAAAAGUG